AUGGAAGCUGCUGAAAGGAACCGUAAAAAAAAACUGGAUUUGAGUCGUGGCGAGAACGAUUAUGACGCACGUUUGGAUAAGAAGGCUUGUCCAAAGUGUGGUCUUCCGCAAUCGUACUCCGAGUUUAAAGACAAGAAGAAAAGGUGUCAGCAGUGUGGAGUCGAGUUUCGCUUUUUAAAUGCAUGGGGGGACAUUGAGCACAAUUUCACCUCUCGAAUGGCUGAAUCGUCACGUGUUCAAGCCGAAAGUAAAAAACAAGUCCACGCUCAGAUGGCCGACCAAGAGAGCACUCGACUGAAGAUGAACAAGUCGGCAAAGCAACUGCAGUACGAGAAGCAAUUUGCGAUGAAGAGCAACAAGCAGACCUUUCUCGAGCGAAAUUACACGCUAAAUAGCGACUCUAAAACGAAAAGAGCGCAGCUAGAGUUAGAAGCAAAGCGCAAGUCUGCACGAUCAACAAAAUGA